AUGAUGCAGCUAUUGGAAGAGGUGCUGAAGAACGCGCCCGACUUCAGCGACGAGUCCUUCAACUCCGAGUCGCAAGACGUCGACUUCAGCAACAUCGACUUCAACCAGCUGCUGAUGCCGGCCGGCGGCGUCGAAUUCAACAACGGAUCUUCGACCCCGAUGCCACCGGAAAGCUCGACGUCUGCCAUGCCGCCAGAGCAGAAGCCGGACACUUUUAGCGAAAACGGCAGCAUCACCAGUGGCAGUGGAAAAACGCACCCGCGCGGCGAAGCCUAUCUGGCGGAACGGCGUAGAAAGUUGUGCGAGAAGUCGAUGCGUCAGAGAGCCGCCAAGCGCAACCGAGAGACGCCCGAGCAGCGUGAGCAGCGUUUGGAGAUUCAACGGGAGCAGUGGCGCGCUAGACGCCUCGCCAUCCGUAUACAGGAAACUCCCGAGGAGCGCCAGGCCCGCCUGAAAAUCGAGAGGGAACGCGAAAGAGCUCGCAGACAUGAGCGAGAAAGCAUGGAAACCCCGGAGGAGCGUGAAGAACGGCUCAGGGUCAAGCGGGAGCGUGUGCGAGCUAUCAAACAAGCGCGACAGAGCCAAGAAUCACCGGAAGAGCGCCAGCAACGGCUUCUACUGAAUCGCGAGCAGUGGCGCGCUUGGAGGCAGCGCAAGCUGGAGACGGAGGCGGCGGAGGACCGCGAGGCGCGCCUGCUCAAGGACAGAACUCGCAAGCAGAGGGGAACGCCUAGUCGCAGCAGCCGCAGCCCGACCGGCGCCUUGGAGAUGGCCGGCCUGCUCAACCUGGCCGAGAUUCCGGGAAUUCUCGAGCUUGAAGCCCAGGCCAACGCAAUGCAGUUGCUGUUCGGCAGCGGUGUCCCCGGCGAGAUCUUCACCCCACCACCGAAGAACGAAACCCCAGAAUCGGAAGACGAUGGAUUGGUGUACGAAGACGAUGACGGCGAUCAGCCGAUGGGCGGAGAAUCAAGCCAGACGUGUUCGGCAGCUCUGGAUGUCCAGCAGCCAUCAUCUUCGCAAUGUUUCCAA